AUCAGUUCUACUCAGAGAUCCAAUUUCUUUUGCCUAAUCGUAAUCAAAAAUUUGAUUUUGGAGAUUAGUAGCUUAGUUCGAGGAGGAAUUUGCGAAGAUUUAUUGUUGAAAACCGUGGGAUGUGUGUUUAGCGGAGAAAAAAAAAGCAAUGUCGAAAGCGUCGACGAGCAUUUGGGUCACAAUGCAAAGGAAGAGAUGGGCAAUGAUGGUUUUAUUGUUUUUAUCUGUAUCAACGGUUGGGUUGAUUCUCGUGAGAUCUAGCUUUGAAUCAUGUAACUUUAGCGGCCAAUUCGUGGAGGAGAAGAAUGGUGAUAGCAGCGCCACGAAGCUUCAAUCAAAUCCUCUAGGUUUCAUGAAAUCGAAGCUCGUUUUGUUAGUUUCCCACGAGCUAUCACUCUCAGGUGGACCGUUGCUGUUGAUGGAAUUGGCGUUUUUGUUAAGAGGAGUUGGUGCUGAAGUUGUUUGGAUUACUAAUCAGAAACCACUUGAAGCAGAUCAAGUUAUCUACAGUCUAGAACACAAGAUGUUGGAUCGAGGAGUUCAGGUGAUCUCUGCAAAGGGUCAGAAAGCCAUAGAUACAGCUCUCAAGGCUGAUUUGAUUGUUCUAAAUACUGCUGUGGCUGGGAAAUGGCUGGAUGCUGUUCUCAAGGAAAAUGUUGUUAAAGUUCUACCUAAGAUCCUUUGGUGGAUUCAUGAGAUGAGAGGACACUAUUUCAAUCCAGAUUUGGUCAAACACCUCCCCUUUGUUGCAGGGGCCAUGAUUGAUUCUCACGCAACAGCUGAAUACUGGAAAAACAGAACUCAGGCUCGUCUAGGGAUUAAAAUGCCCAAAACUUAUGUCGUACACUUAGGAAAUAGCAAGGAAUUGAUGGAAGUAGCUGAAGACAGUGUUGCCAAGAGAGUUCUCCGUGAGCACGUCCGAGAAUCUCUUGGAGUACGGAAUGAAGACUUACUAUUUGGCAUUAUUAAUAGUGUAUCACGAGGAAAAGGCCAGGACCUAUUCCUCCGAGCCUUUCAUGAAAGUCUUGAAACAAUCAAAGAGAAGAAACUUCAGGUACCAACAAUGCAUGCAGUAGUAGUAGGAAGCGACAUGAGCCGACAGACAAAGUUUGAAACUGAACUACGCAACUUUGUCCAAGAAAAGAAACUUGAGAACUUUGUUCACUUCGUCAACAAAACUCUAACCGUAGCUCCAUAUAUAGCAGCCAUAGACGUUCUUGUCCAGAAUUCGCAAGCCAGAGGAGAAUGCUUUGGGAGAAUAACAAUCGAAGCCAUGGCCUUUAAGCUACCUGUACUUGGUACUGCAGCUGGAGGUACAAUGGAGAUUGUAGUGAACGGAACAACCGGUCUGUUACAUAAUGCAGGGAAAGAAGGCGUGACACCUCUUGCCAAGAACAUAGUGAAAUUGGCGAUGCAAGUUGAGUUACGGUUAACAAUGGGGAAAAAUGGGUAUGAGAGAGUAAAAGAGAUGUUUUUGGAACAUCAUAUGUCACAUCGAAUAGCUUCGGUUCUCAAGGAAGUCUUGCAACACGCAAAGGCUCAUGCUUUACGAUGAGAUGAAAUCAUUUAAACUGGGAUGUUUCUUCUGUUCAUAGAAAUUUUACAAAACUACAGCAAAUUUUGUUCCUUUUUUUUUUGUUUGUGUAUGAUGGUUUUCUAAUUAUGAAUACAAAUUGAGAAUUAGCUUCGCUGCUGAA